AUCUCCGAGAUAAAGGGCAGAUCCUUUUCUCUCAGAGAAAAAUAAUCUGCUGGCUAGAGAUUGGGAUGCAGACAAAAAGCAUGUUUUGGUCACCAAAAUAGCAGAGGAGGACGAGAAAAGUCUGGGAGAGAAAAAAAAAAGGAGUAUUAGAGAGAUGCAAAUAGAGAAGACUGGACUGUUUCUCAUCUCUCUUUGCCAGAUUUGUAGCAGAGCACAACAAACUUGUGCAAUUUUUUUUUUGUGGCAGUUGUCCAUGGGAACUCAUCCAAGGCACACUGGAGCUGACCCUCCUGGGAGGUCCUCUUAGAUAGCAAACAAUACUUAAUGAAGACCAAAGUACGAGCGCACUUCUUCCGUCAAAUCUCAGCUGACUACAAAACAACAUUUGGAAGGAUUAUUGCUGAAAGUGGAGACAUGACCGGAAUCCACGACCUGGAAAGCUGAGCUACUCCUUUCGUUGUCCUCUUUUGUGUAUGUGUGUUUUCUUGUAUCUCCAAACGUAUUCCCUGCCUGCCAGUAAGGAGUAAAACUUCCAUCUCCCAACUGGACCGGCGGUUUCAUCUUAUCAGGAGAGACGAUUGAGCCGACUGGAACGAAACAGUCACAGUUACCCCUGCUGAGGACUUUUGUUUACGCUGCAGCAGAAGCAUUUAACUGUGGGUAGCGAUGGAGAUGGAGAAGGGACAUAUGUCUGUCAGGAGAGGGGUGAGCUGGAGUCCAGGAGGAAUGAGAAAACCUCUCCAGGCAACGCAAGACAUGCAUACUCCUGGGACAGAGUGCAAUGCAUCAUGGGGGAAGACAGGAUUCAACAAAGAACAGAUGAGCCGGAAAACAAAUCUGACCCGGAGUGCCAGCUUAUCAGAGAAGGAGCUCAAAGAGGCCCGAGUCAGAAGUCAGAUCAUCGCUGCUCAGCUCACCAUCCCUUCCAACUCCAGCUCCAGAGGCGUGCAGCUCUUCAACCGCCGCAAGCAGAGAGUCAACGCCUUCACACUCGAAAGCUGUGGAGAGGGGUCAGAGGAGGACAGAGCGGAGAAUGUGAGAACCGACCCCUCGUCUAAGAAGUUAACAUGGGCAGAGAGGAGCAGUGAGGAAAAAGACAGGAAUCUCAACUUAAAGAAUAGCUCUACCAAGCCACUGUUCUCACCACCACCACCUGUAAGGGUACCUGCAGUAGGUGAUAUCAUGGAGGACCCAGGUAAAGAUUUCCACAAAGAGGAGGACAUGGAGGACAGUGUUAUCCAAGAGAGACAUUUCCUCCCUGUCAAGGAAGAGCAGGAGGAAGAGGAAGAGGCAAGAGAUAAAAUCCAUGAGGACAAAGUCAAGGAUGAGAUUUCCCCUGGAAGUGAUAGUACUGAUCCAGUCGUGAUGGGACAUGUUGAGGGGGAAGUAGAGAUAAAUGGGGGCCACACAGGGCCAGCUCCCCAGGGACUGCUUCUUAAUGGCUGCCACAGUGCCUCUGGACCUGAGAGGGCGUCUGUGUCCACAUCCAAGCAGACAAGCGCCAUCAUCAACAGAACUGCCAGGCCGUUUUUCUCACCGCCGACGGUGCAGUCUCCAGACGCAGUCAGUCCUGUCAUGGACAUCCCCCCUCCUCCUUCUUACACCACUCCUCCUCUCCCUGCUUUCACAGCUCCCCAACCUGUGGUGUUCUCGCCUCCACCUCCGCCUCCAUCGUAUCCCACACCUCCUCUACCGGCCUUCACAAACCAACCGCCGCAGGUCUACUACUCCAGUCCACCUCCGAUGUCUCCUGUGAUGUCGCCUUCCUCCCCUCCACCGUCCCAGUUUCCUGCUUCUUCCGGAUCUCAUUACCCAUCCAUGCCUCAUUACGGCCCUCCCACAGCACCAAAGCCUUCCACCUUUGUUCCUCAGCCCUCCGGAGAGAGGAAGCCAAUAACACAGAUCAAAACAGGAAUACUUGAGGAGGGGGCUGCCGCUGCCAGGAGGGCAAGUAGAAAAUCAAUGUUCACAUUCAAAGAGAAGCCGGUGGUAGCUCCGAACCCUGAGUUGCUCUCUCUGGUGCAAGGGGUGGAUGAAAGGAAGAAACACGGACACAGAUCUGUGCCUGAGCCAACAUCUGAGGAAGAGUUACUGGCUCUGGGUGCAGAGGCCUCCAACUUCCUCGCCGAGGAAGAGAACAGGGCAGAGGAGGCUAAAGCUCCAGAGUGGGCCUCCUGCCUUAAGAGCUCCAGGACCCGACCGAGGUCAGAGCACAGGCCAGAACAGACCCUUUCCAAUGUUUCGGGGAGGGGUGCUGAGCUGUUUGCCAAGCGUCAAUCCAGGAUGGAGAAAUAUGUUGUUGAGAAUCAGAGUGCAGGACAAAUGAGGUCUCCUUCUCCCACUAUGUCUCUGCCACCAUCUUGGGUUUACCCAUCCAACAUGCCCGGCAGGGUCAAGGCCAUUGCUAAAAACUCUGACAUGAGCACUCAGCUUUCACAAAACCUAAAGGCCCAACAAGCAGUCAAGCAAAAACCGAGGCAAAAAGCUCCAGCACCACAGCCAGUUCCAGAGCCGACUCCUUUAGAGAAUGGAUGCUCCAAGAUAGAGAUGGACCUAUCGAGGCACCGGCCCUACCAGCUCAGCUCAUCCCUCUUCACCUUUAACCCAGUCAAGGACCCCAUGAGUACGCUACCCAGAGGAGCACCACAGGCCAAGAACCUGAUCUCCACCCAAACCUUCCCCAGACAGACUUCCUUACCCAACAACACUCCCUCUCACUUCAGUGCCCAGCGAAUGUCUCCUCAGGUACCUCUCAGCCCCACAGGAGGAGCAGAAUAUCUGUCUAAUCCAGCGUCUGGGCAGCCAAGGAUCAGUUCUCCCAUGCCUGCCUUUUCUCCAGAGCGAGUGUCCUCUCCCCGGUCGGGAGUCCAGGCACCAAGGCCCACGUUUUCUGCCAAGAAGGCAGGGAUUGCGCCACAGACACCAAAGGACUCCCCCACUGUUGAAACUUCCAGUGAGACUCCUACAGCUACUAGGACGCCCAGUCUCAUCAGACGUUUCAGCAGCCCAGAGGGUCCCUCCACUGGAACCUGGACUCCCAGCCUCCAAACUAAUCGUCCCUCCACCACCGCCUCGAGCUCCUACCGCUCAGUCACUUCCCCUGUCUCCUCUCCUAGGGGAACAAGAUGCCAAUCCCCUAUGGCCAAUCAAAAUAUCCAGUUUUCCAAUGUUACCUCCACUACAACAUCCAGACCCUUCCAGACAUCUACAUUCACCUCUCCACGCUCGCCUCCUUGGGGUUCGAGAUGUCAGUCCCCAAUGGUAAGCCAGAAUACUUCCACUGUUGUCUCCACUUCCACAUCCAGACCCUCCCAAAGCGCCACAGCCACUUCCCCACACUCUCCUCCUUGGGGCUCAAGAUGCCAGUCCCCGAUGGUGAGCCAGUCUGUCUCCACUUCCACAUCCAGACCUUCCCAAACACCUACAGCCACAUAUCCUGUCUCUCCUCCUUGGGGGUCACGUUCCCAGUCUCCUGCCCUCUCUCAGACCAGUUUAUCAUUCCCUGCCACUAAACCUCUGUACGCAUCCUCUGCCACCUCUCCUAUUUCGCCAACCAAAGACAGUCGCUGCAUGUCCCCCACUGUUAAUAACAUAGACUCGAAAGCCAACCAUCGCCUCCUGGCGAAGAACAUCAUUAAUGCAGCAAAACGUAAAAACAGCCCCUCCCCUGGUGCACUGAGCGGCCACAGCCUCCCCAUCUCACCUCUGGGAAAUUCUGGCUACGACUGUCACAAACCACCCAUCAGCCCAUUCCAGUUGCGGGCACUAGGCGCCCAGUCGCCUACCUUCACCAGCCCCCCACCCACCCCAACACAGAGGAUCUGCUCCCCUGCGAGGCUGUACAACACUCGCUCCCUCACCGACUCUGAUGCCUCUGUUGAAUCUGAAGACUCGGGCCUCCGAUCGCCUGGCCUGCACUCCUACAACACCUGUCCCCGCGGGUGGGGCGGUAGCCUUAGGGUGAAGAGAAGCACUGUCUCCACUGACCUGUGAGGGAGAGAUUCACUGAAUAUCAAUUAAAACAUCAUUUCAGUUUUCAUAAACUUUUGUGCCAUUGGAUCAACCGAUAAAAGAUUUUCUGAUGAAGUUUCAUCAGACUAAUGUUAGGCAAGUUACCUACUUUGAUUGCCCGUUCUGGACAAUGGUAAAUAUUUUAUCAAGGUAGUAUUAAUAUUUUAUAUGACUCACAUUCAUAGUGCGGACUGACAAGAACAAGCUUUUGACAUAACGCAGUUGCUGUGGCUUGUACGCUUCUUAAAUACCAAAAAGUGCAAAGACUCAAAAUAACCAAAGAUAUUUGAAUUCACUCUAAAUGAAUGUUAUGCUUUUUGCAUCUUUACAACAAACAUACCUUCACAGUCACUAUUACAGUUAAAUCAUGUUAAAGUAAAGGAGUACUGGUAUUGGUUUUGAAUGUUAUUAAUGAGUUAUCUUUAUAUUUGCUGGUCUUAUGCAAGUGGGAAGAGACUUAAAGAUUUAAGGCAUAGAAGGGACACACAAAGUGAAAAUUGUGUAAAUACAUAUCUUGUUGGACUAUACAGUACUUAGGUUGAGGCAUUCUCCUUGUUCUGUAUUAAUAAUGGAUGAAAUUGAACUACACAGUGAAUUCAUAAUGAAUAUUGCUUUUGACAACACUAGGUUAAAUGAGUUUCCAUUAUUUUUCCAUGACAAAAACACAGUGGUAGAUAGGACACAUGGUAUUCACAUUUAUCAUACAUGGUCUAAGUAUUCACCACAGUUUAUUAUCCAUUUUAAUUAAUGGAAAAUAAAUAAUAUGCAUAAUUAUCACAGUGCAAUAAUCAAUUUAACACAAUAUAUAUACAGUAUGUUGCUUUAUGUACUGCAUUUGCUGAAAUAAAUGUAAGGUUUACAGACAGAUUGACAAAGAGUGACAGAAAAGAAAAGGCAGUGUUGAGUGUGAAGAGUUAUGUAAGGGUCAGAUGGGGCAUAGACGCACCUGUUCAAUUAAACACUGUUUCCAUGUUUCAGGAAAAAAAUUCUAAGGUUUUUUAGCUAAUUUUUAAUUUGAUGAUGUUAUCUGUUAGCAAAAUGAAUGGCAUAUUGAUUGUAAUAAUCAUUUUGGAGAUGUGUCUAUCCCUAGCUUUGUUGCUUUUGCACAUCACAAGUCAUUUUUUCAUAUCAGUAAUGUCUUUAAUGAGGAACAGAUUAAUCUAUUUUGUGCCUGUACUUAGUACAAAGUGCCUGUUUCAGUGAGGGUUAGAAGGAAAGUUGUAAGUUACACAAGUGGAGAAGGUACAACAAGAUGUUAUUGUUAAACUUCCAUGGGAAAAGGGUGAGAAGAAUGUUGUAUGUUGUGAAAUAUUAUAUUAGUGUUUGUGAAGAAAGGGUCUGUGGAAAGAUAUGUAUUUUAAAUACAUAUGAAAGUCUAAUGUACAUUAUCUUUAACUUCUGAAGUUUUUAUACACGAUUUGCACUUCUAUUCAUUCCAUUUCAGCAGCUAAGUUCACAUUGUUUAAAACUUGAUUUGCUCAAACAGGUGUCAUUCACAAUAAAACCAGCAGAGAAAUAUCCUACUGUAAAAAUCAGAACAUUCCUGCACAAUGCCACAUGUUGAUAUGAUGGUGGCAAAUAGCUUUAAACCUGACUGAUGCUGACUUUAGACCACAGCUAGCUCUCUGUUUCAACUGUGGGAAAACUGAAAGCCAUUUUACACCAUUCCCAUCUUGCCCAGUCCUGCACCAGCACACACAACAGAUCAUCCCUUCAUUCCCUGGCAUGCAGGCCAAAAGCAUCAGCACAUUUCUAAAUAUUCAGUUUGUCUCUGGAGUGACAGGGACACCUGCUACAUGGUGACCUGGCUCCUGCAGCAGGAUUAAGCCUAUCACUGUCGUGGAUUGGUUUCAACCUGCUUCACCUCUGGACAGACCAAAAACUGCCAGCAUCCAAACACAGAGAGGAAUCAUUACAGUUUUGAGUUUUUGUUCUUUUGUUCUGUGACUGCAUUCCUGCAUGCUUUCAUUACAGCUCAUGUUGUAUUUCAUAACUGUAUGAUCUCUGAAAAUGAAUGCAAAAUAAAAAGUGAUGACACACCAUUUUAAAUAA